UCGCAUCGCUUAAAAAGACGAGUAUAUCAGAAUCCUGGGCCUAACUAUUCCUGGCAUAUCGAUGGAUAUGACAAAAUUAAGUGUUGGGGCUUUCCUAUCCAUGGCGCCAUUGAUGGAUUUAGCCGGAGGAUUUUUUGGUUGGAAAUUACUCAUUCCAAUAACUCACCAAACAAAAUAGCCACUUAUUACGCCAGAACAGUUUCAGAAUUGGUUGUCCUGUAGAACUGAUCACAGAUUUGGGUACUGAAAAUGGACUGGCAGCAGCUAUGCAAUCUUUCUUUCGUGAUAACCCUGAAGCACAUCGAUACGUCUCUUCCCAAGGAAUCAGAGAACUGAGGGCUGGUGGUCAUAUUCAAAAAAUCAUUGCGUAUGGUCGAGAAUUUGUUUUAGCAAUUUUGAGUUUCAGGGUAUCGUGGACACUACACCUGAGAUAAGUCUGGAAUGCUUGUGGUAUUGUUUUACCAAAGUUCUGCAAAAAGAGCUUGAUUCUGUGAAAGAGCAGUGGAACACACGCAGAAUUCGAAAGUCAAGAAAUGACACUGUACCAGGACGUCCAGACUCGCUUUUCUUCUUGCCUGACCUUCAUGGUGCAAAGGAUUGCCUACUUGAUGUACCUGCUGCUAAAAUUGAAUUUGGUACACAGCAUAUAACUGAAGAGUUAGAUGGCACUGACAAUGAACAUCAGGAAUACUUUGAUUAUACUAGAAUUAAUCUUUCAAUGCCUUUGCCAGACAAUUGGCAAGAAGCACUUCAACUGUACAAAAAAUUA